UUCAUCCGUCGAACCCCCGCCUAUCCGCUAGCCUAGUGUCAUGUGAUUGGUUAGGUGGUGUAUUCUGCUGUGAUUGGUCAAACGCGUUUGUAACUAGCAAGCCUGGAGGAGAGCGUGUGACGAUAUUGAGUGUCAGCUGCGCGUUGCACGGGUAUCGCAUCUCUCUGGAGGAGAUCGGAAGCAUAAAAGGACGAGCGUCCGGAGAGAGGAACAGGCCUGGAUUUUAUGUUAUGUUUGUGUGGCCGGCAGUCGACCGUGCGGGAGCUGCUGGCCUUUUACUUUAGUUUUAAGCUGAUAUCUCUGCAACCUGACCUUGUUGAUAUGGCGUCUGUGACUAAAAAGAAGGAGUUAGAUUAUGGAGCUGAAAAAUCAACACGUUUGACACUUGAGGAGUCUUCUGUGGGAGUUUCAGGGUCAGAGUCAAGCAAGGAAGAACCAUGUCCUGCCAAAAAGAGUGUAGAAAUCUUGCUACUGAGCCCAGUGGAGGAGGCAGUCAAGGGCUUUUGCUGUAGACUGAAAUAUGGAAAGAAAUCUAAUCCGGUUUCAGAUAAAACUCCUUUAAAUCCUGAUGCCAAACCUUGCAUUUCUCAGCGUUCCAGCAGGAGCAAAACAAAAAAAUGCAGGUGUAAGCUGUGUGGCGUUGAGUAUUGCCGCAGAGCAAACCUGGUGUCUCACAUGCGAAUACACACAGGUGAGAGUCCGUACUGCUGUAAAUUCUGUGGCAAGGCUUUCCGACGUUCAGACCACCUCAAGCUGCACAUUAAAAUCCAUACAGGUGAGAAUCGAUUGAGACCCAAGCCCUUUGUUUGCAAACAGUGUGGGACGAAAUUUGGUUGCUCUAAAUCACUUCAAAAUCAUAUGUGGAAACACAGUGGAGAACGGCCGUACGCCUGCCCGGUCUGCGAGAAAAGAUUUUUCAAUAAAGGCGUUCUUCUGAGGCAUGAAAAUGACUGUCACUCAUUAGAAAAAGCAUUUGUUUGUUCUUUGUGUGGACAUGGCUUUGCACGCUUGCAUACACUUGAGAAACACACACGAAUUCACACGGGAGAGAAACCUUUCCCCUGUUCACAAUGUGGAAAGGUGUUUCGUUAUAAAUACUCCCUGUUUAUGCACAAUAAACUGCACUCGCGCAAAGAAUGA